AUGGAUGAGCCAACUGUGCUGCGGAAGGACCAGCUGGCGAUCAGCUUAGCCAAUGAGAAGAACUUGAUUAAGGAGGGCACCAUUAAGGAUGAUAAUCCUUUAGAUCUCAGUGAGCCAUUCCGUGAACUAUGCAGCGCAUGUCGUCGGGGCGAUCUGAAAGUCUGUCAGGAGAAAAUCACCGAGGGCGUCAAUGUUAAUGCUCGUGAUCCCUAUGAUUACACGCCAUUGAUCCUGGCGAGUCUUUGUGGCCAUUAUGAAGCUGUGCAACUUCUUCUCGAGUCUGGUGCACUUUGCGAGCGAGACACGUUUCAGGGCGAAAGAUGUCUCUAUAAUGCCCUAAACGACCGGAUACGAAACCUCCUUCUGGAAUAUGAUUAUUCCAAGUCCACGGACCCCCUCCAGCCCCUAGCCGCGCAUAUAACUUCGAUUCUCACCCGUGAGUCUCCAUUAACAGCAGAUAUUGUUGUGACUGCAUCCAACGAAUCGCUUCACCUCCACAAAUUCAUCCUCGCGGCACGUUCUCCAUAUUUCUAUGGUAAACUAGCCGUGGCACCGGAAUCUGCAUCAUGGAAUCUCCCCAGCACCAUUCCUCCGGAGGCAUUCGGUGCCGCUAUCAAAUACCUGUACUUUGGAGAAGCCCCUAGGGACUUGAGAAAUACACCAGGGUCAGGCUUCACGGAGUCCGAGACUUUUGCAGGGGUGGAUAGAAUCUCCAAGUACUUGGAGAUCCCUAGUCUUCUAGACAGCAUCCUUGAUAGCGGAGACAGGAGACGUGCUAGACAAAGAAGAACCGACGAUAUUUCCAAGGGCCGAGAUCAAAUGGAACAAUGGUUCCAGGAGAAUAUUCUGGGGAACAAGCUCGAGGUGGAGACUUCGAAAGUGAACGAAGUGAAGUGGGAUCGAAGCAAUGCAAUCUUUGCUGAUGUUCUUCUGAGGGCGGAUGAACUUCCCGAAGAAGAGGAGGAAGCGGACAUUGACACACCAGUCGUCAGCAAUGGCACAUCCAGUUCGAUUCCCAUUGGUCCUAACUCUACCGCGAAUGAGAAGACUCUCGAGGCGCCGAAAUCAAUCAUCUUCCCAUGCCAUCGAGCAAUGCUCUUGCGGUCUGAGUUUUUCCAGGCAAUGUUCACAUCCACUUUUCGCGAAGCUUACCUCAAUGAAAACCUGACGAUCAUCGAUGUCAACUGUUCGCCCGAGGUCUUGGAAAUUAUUCUUACAUUCUUAUACACCGAAAGAGCCGAUUUCCCCUUAGAAAUCGCUGUCGAUGUCCUAUUCGCGGCAGAUAUGCUCUUCAUUGAGAAGCUGAAGACGAAAGCUGCUGUGGUCAUCAGCACCCUCGGCAGUGCUGGAAUGUCCCAGGCUGAGGCUGCGAAAACUCGAGGAACGGCGGACGAAGAUGACAUUGACAUUUACUCAAUCGUUCGAGCUGCGUGGUUGACGCGCGUUCAACGAUUGGAAGAAUUCGCUGCUCGAUAUCUCGCAUAUCGACUGGAAGCACAUAUAGAUAGCCCAGAAUUUGCGGAGUUGAUCCAGGAAUCAGCAUCUCGUAUCAAGGCGAGACAGGAAACUGAUACCAUUGAAAUGCUGGAUGACAUCCGGUUCUAUCUUGGAGAGCGGUUUAGAUUGAGAUUCGAUGAGGCUGGUCUGGAUGAGAUGAUGGAAGAAAAAGAAUUACUGGAAGAUCUAGAUGAAGACGAGCAGCUGGAUGACGUUAUAAAUCUUACAGAAGGUGUCCGGACUCUGGAUGUUUCCAAGGAGGCUAUCCCCAGUCAAGGCCAGCAGCCGCAAGUGCAUGCCCCGGUGAUUCGAACUCUGGACGGCGCGGUCGUCGAGGAUGAAUUCUCGGAAGAUGCGAUGAACUAUGAGAUCUUGCUCGAGAAGCUUGAUAAUUUGCUGGAGCGGCUCAAUCUCGAGGCUUAG